UAAUCAGUGCAAUCACACUGCUGCUGCUGCUUGGAUUAUCAAUUGGCAUUGAAAAGAUGCGCGGCAAUACCUGAAAUGCAAACAAAACGAACGCCGACCACAGUGAGAUUGCAGAACAUAAAGAUCAAAUGAACAACGCAGGCACUGGCGAUGAGGAGCAGUGUGCUCUGCUGGCGGACUCGUCCGUCAGCUCUGGGUCGACGGCAUCUGUCUCCGAUGAAGAGACAGCUGCAAGGCAGCCCAGGAUCAAGCUGCGGGGAACCAUGAAGCUGCAGCGGCGAACGCGCUUGCCUCUGCCAAGAAUUUUGCGUCGGUUUGGAUGCUACACCCUAAUGGCAUUAUUUAUUUUCCUUCUGCUUCUUGUCUACCUGCCAUUGAUGUACAUGGAUGGGCAUAAGCGUCGAGUGGGUUUACCGGACUGGACACUGGAGACCUCCCGGAGCAUAGGCGAUUACAUAGACCCUGUGCAGGAGACAGCGCUGAUUGUGCCGCGGGAAUUUUGUCGGAACAAAACCUUCCUGAUAAUCGCCGUUUGCACUAGCUUAGGCAACUUCAACCAACGACAGACAAUACGCGAGACCUGGGGAAACACUUCGGAGUUUAACUACGGAGCCUUUGUGAAGUUACAUGGUCACCUCAAGGGAAACUACUUGCCACCGAUGACGGCGCGCCUGAAACAUUAUGCUGAGUACCUAAGCGGUGAAGGUGAUUCAUUGUCUGCCUCCGUACGAAUUGUGUUUAUUGUGGGUCGCAGCAAGUACGAAUCCCUUGUGGGUAACGAAACGUUAUCUCGAGUUCACAGCGAGGCGGAGCAGUACAACGACAUUAUUCAGGAGAGCUUUGUAGAUAGCUACAACAAUCUCACACUCAAGUCGGUGAUGGCCUUGAAGCACAUAAGCCGAAGUUGUGCCAAUAGUACCGCGUACUUCCUCAAGUGCGACGACGACACCUUUGUAAAUGUCCCCAAUCUGCUGCACUUCCUGCUCGGCGGCUCCGUUCCGCUGUACAAUGAUACUCUGGACUAUCACGAUCGUUACACAUUCCUUGUGAAGUCGCCGCAGAAUCGAUUGAACGACACGAGCGGGGUGAUGUACGGACACCAGUUCUGCAACGUGGUGCCCGUGAACGAUGUUAGCAGCAAGUGGUACAUGCCCUCCUAUAUGUAUCCGCCGGAGUCCUAUCCAAAGUAUUUGUCUGGAGCCGGCUACCUUCUCUCUAUUGAUGUGGUGCAGCGACUGUACGAGGCCUCCCUGAACACGACGCUUGUGUACUUGGAGGACGUGUACAUCACCGGACUGUGCGCCCAGCGUGCCCAUAUCACGCGACAUCAUCACCCGCUCUUCAGCUUUGCCCACUCAAAGCAUCUGUGCGCCUUCAAGGGCAGCAUUACGCAGCAUCAGGUAAAGGACGACACCAUGGUGGAGGCAUGGAACUAUGUGUCCGACUACAAGAUUAGGUGCGCGCCGCCAGGUCGUUACUUCAACCACAUGCGAUUGCACAAACGCCCAAAUUGUUAGUAAUAGAAGCGCCCAAGACAGGCUUGAAUAACAUUAGAUGUUCUUCUUGCCCCUACUUUUUAAAGACCCAGAAAUACUUCAUUAUUAUUUAUACACGCCGCACAAUUUGUUAUUACUCACAAGAACCCACUUUAUGUUCCUGAAAUUAUAAUUAACAGAAUACUCUAGCACAUCUGACAUGUCCACAUAUAAGAAAAGUGAUAUAUUAACCCCAACCAACCAAUCAACUCAUAGAUAUAGUGCUUGUAUUAUUUUCUACCCCGUUACAUUGAAGAUCGCAACGUGUAUUGAGUUUUUCUUAUUCGCAUCCGAUGUAAUAUUCUUCUGUCAGAUCUAAUUGAUCUAAUCGAAUGUAAUUUGACUGUGCAGAAGCUCCAUUAGUCCAUAUCAACUUUAAAUGUAUUGCAUAUAAGGUAUAUCACAUAAAUACAUACAUGUAAAUGUACUCCUCCGUUCUAAGCUUCCGAUUUGUU